GGACGGAGGGAGUAAUUAUAAAAGUAGUACUAUUAACUUUAAGAAUGAGUUGGUAAAAAAGCGGUAUGGAAUGUUGUUCAGAUUUGGACACGGAAACACACUCAAACUCAGUCAUUUUUACUAUUCAACACAAUGCUUCAGAAGCUCAGCUCCAGCCACACUCCCCAAUUUAAAGCCUCUCAACUCUCAGAUAUCAAGUUACAUGAAAAAUGGCUACAUUUAUGAAGCGCGGAAGCUGUUCGAUGAAAUGCCUCAACGAAAUACAGUAACCUGGAACGCAAUGAUUCGUGGGUAUUUUCAAAAUGGGCAUUUUGAUGAGGCUGUGUGGUUGUAUAAUCAAAUGCCUCAUCGUGAUAUCUUCUCGUAUAAUACGAUGAUCGCGGGCUUGAUGCAAUGCGGGGAUGUAAGUGGGGCAAAGGAGGUGUUUAAUUACAUGCCUUGUAAAGAUGUUGUGUCAUGGAAUUCAAUGAUUUCUGGGUUUGUUCGAAAUAGGUUAAUGAGUGAUGCUUUGAAUGUAUUUGAUAAGAUGGUUAUGAAGAAUGUGAUUUCUUGGAAUUUAGUGAUUGCUGGUUUAGUUGGUAAUCAAGAACUGGAUUUGGCGGAAAAGUUGUUUGGUGAAAUGGGUACGAGGGAUGUUGUGUCGUGGACUGUUAUUAUGUCUGGACUUGUAAAUGCAGGACGGAUUGCUGAAGCUCGGAGGUGUUUUGAUGAUAUGCCUGUUAGAGAUGUUCAAGCUUGGAAUACAAUGAUAGAGGGGUAUAUAAAAGUUGGGUAUACUGGGAUUGCUGAAGUUUUGUUUCAUAAGAUGCCUGGGAAGGAUUUGAAGUCUUGGAAUGAUAUGAUAAGUGGUUUGGUCAGCAGUAGUAGAGUGCAUGAUGCUCUGAGGCUAUUUAGUGAGAUGCCUGAAAAGUGUAAUAGAUCCUGGAACUCGGUCUUUUUUGGAUUAGUAAGGAAUGGACUUGUGAAAGAAGCUCAUGCACUUCUUGAGAAGACUCCAUUCCAAGAUGUUGUAUCAGAAACGAAUCUGAUUUUAGGUUACUUCGACAUAGGCGAGGUUGAGAAUGCUGUGAAAGUAUUCGAAUUGAUGGGAAUUCGUGAUACAACAGCUUGGAAUGCUACAAUCUUUGGACUGGGGGAAAAUGAUCACGGGGAGGAAGGCAUCAAACUGUUCAUUAAAAUGCGAGAAGGAAAUGUUUCAGUGGACGAGGCUACGUUUACAAGUGUCCUUACAAUAUGCUCAAAUUUGCCAUCCUUAGAGCUAGGGACGCAAACUCAUCCCCAAGUAAUUAAGAUAGGACUGGAAUGUUUUGUUCCAACUUCUAAUGCAUUGAUUACCAUGUAUGCUAGAUCCGGAAACGUGGGCUCUGCCUUACGAGAGUUCUCUUUUAUGCGCAGCAAACGUGACAUUAUUUCCUGGAAUUCUAUAAUAUGUGGAUUAGCUUGUCAUGGACAUGGUGAGGAAGCUCUAGAGAUGUUUAAACAGAUGAGAAUGACAGAAGAAAAGCCUAAUCAGAUAACCUUUAUUGGGGUAUUAUCCGCUUGCAGCCAUGCAGGACUUGUAAAACAAGGCAAAUAUUUCUUCAAUUUCAUGAAAAAUGAGUGUCAUGUAAAGCCAACAAAUGAGCAUUAUACCUGUAUUGUCGAUCUGUUAGGUAAAUCUGGACUUAUAAAAGAGGCACUAACUAUUUUGGAUCAAAUGAGAGCUGAUGGGGUUGAAGUUCCGUCAAGUGUUUGGGGAGCUUUACUUGGAGCAUGUAGAAUACACAAGAAUCUAGAGGUGGGUAAAAUUGCAGGGGAAAAUGUUCUCAAGUUAGAACCUUUAAACUCAGGUGUGUAUAUGAUCCUGGCAGAGAUGUACAUGGAUAGUGGAAAGAGAUUCGAAGCUGAAAAGAUAUGGUAUCGGAUGAGAGAAAAGGGUGUGAAGAAGCAACCUGGAUGUAGUUGGAUAGAGAUCAACAACAAUGGCAGUGUUUUUAUUGCAGGAGAUAAUUCGCACCCUCGCUUUUCUGGCAUAUGUUAUGUUUUAGACUUGAUGCACGCAGAAAUGGGGGUUGAAAUGUAGUACUGAUAUGUAUCAGGAUUUGGAGUUGCUAUAUUAAUUUUACUAAUUUUUUAACCAUUAAA